CCACCACCUCCACCCCACCCCAACACCGCAGCUGGAGCGCAUCCAGCCCUGCAUUCAAGAUGACGUACCAGCUUCCGCCGAUGCUGCUGAACCUGUUCGCCCCGCGCCCGCCGCUGCGCUGGGUCGAGCCCAUCGACCACGCGCCGGAGAAGCGCUGCACGCCCAAGAUUGGCGGCGUCGGGCAGUACCUGCAGGCAAUGCGCGAGUACAAGGACAAUGACGGCUACGUGCCGACGGACAGCUGGCUGCAGAAGCGCGACCGCAAGAAGAUUGAGAAAAAGGAGAAGCAGGAGAAGCUGCUGACCGAGGGUAUUCAUGAGUACAAGCCCAGCGAAGACCCCAAGGUGCAAGGCGACGCCUUCAAGACGCUGUUCGUCUCGCGUCUCGCGUACGGCGCGACCUCCGACGACCUCGAGCGCGAGUUCGGCCGCUACGGACCCAUUGAGCGCAUCCGCAUCGUCGAGGACACAACCGCGCCGCCCGACGCGCCGCCCAAGAAGCGGAAGCGUGGCUACGCCUUCAUCGUGUACGAGCGCGAGAAGGACAUGAAGGCCGCCUACAAGGAGACGGACGGCAUCAAGAUCAAGGACCGCCGCGUGCUCGUCGACGUCGAGCGUGGCCGCACCGUCUCGGGCUGGCGUCCUCGUCGCUACGGCGGAGGCCUGGGAGGCCGCGGCUACACCAAGGGCCCUGCCGCGCGCCCGGGUCCUGCAGGCGGCUUCGGUGCGCCCGCCGGCCCCGGUGGCUUUGGAGGUCGAGGAGGCUUUGGCGGUGGCUUUGGGGGUCGAGGAGGCGGUCGCGGGGGCUUCGGUGGCGGCGGCGAUCGAGGUGGUUUCCGAGGGGGCUUCGGCGGCGGACGCGGCGGCGGCGGCGGUUACGGAGGCGGCCGUGGCGGCAUCGGCUACCAAGGCUCCAACGGCUACGCCGCCCCCGACGGCGCCCCUGCCGGUCCUCGCGGGCCACGAGGCGGAUUCGGCGGCGGCGGCGGAGGCUACGGCGGCGACCGUGGCGGCGACCGCGGCGGCGAUCGCUACGGCGGCGGAGACAGACGCGGCGGAGGCGACCGCGGCUCCAGCGGCGCCAACAACGAGCCCCUGGGCCGCGACCGCCACAGCGACCGCGACCGCGGCAGCGGAGGCCGCGACAGCUACGGCGGCCGCGACGACUCGCGCAAGCGCGCGUACGACGGCGACAGCUACGAUGACCGCAGCACGCGCAGACGGUACUAG